GCAGACUUUAACCUUAACUGUGAGAUUUACACACGCACACACACCCCCGCACACAAACACUCAUUAACAAAACAUCUCCAAAUUCAGAAUAUUUAAUAACAUAGAGUGAAAGCUCAAAUGGAUAACAUAAAGCAGCUUUGCAGUACAUUUACCCUUCCUGUCACAUGCUGAAAGUUUUGCUCUCUCUCAUUCUCUUGCAGCAUGAGCAAAUUCUAGAUAUGCCAGGACCUGCUGUAGAAGAAAAACAGAUUUCUGCAGGAUCUAAAAAUAAUCUACAUUUAGCUAGAUUUGACUUGAAUCUACAUAUUUCAGUGGUUGACUAAAACUCACCACUAAGUUUGAAACUAACAGUAAGUAAAUUAUUGAUGUCUAAGGACUGUAGCUACAUGUCAGAGCUAAAAACAUCAACUUUAGUUGCUAAAGUUCUAUUUAAUUUAGCUUUUUUUUCAAUAAAUUAAAUAUAAGCUUUUAGGUAAGUAUGUUAAGCUGACUUGCGUAAAGUUUUCUUUGUACAAGUCAAUGUAUAAUGGUCUUAAAACGAUCCUACAAGUAUGUUGUUAUCACAACUUGGUAACAAGGUAACACAAGAUACUGUGAAUUUCCCGAUUGGAAAAAAGAUCGGAUUUUUGAGUUGGUUGGAAAUCCCUUGUGACCAAUUAAGUUCUGAUUCCGGUCGCUAGCCGAUCUCUCGGUGCAUCUCUAUCAACAAUGUCUUAUCCAAUUCUGUAUUUGAUUCAGCUGAAACCAUAACCAAUACUUGUUAGGUUGCUUCGGAGUUAUUUAAAAUGUUAUUUAAGAUUAUGAAAAGUAUGUUUCUUGUUUCCAAAGGAGCAUUUUGUAGGAUUUGCGCCACAUGAUUGGAGUAAGCCCGUUCUGUUCAAGAAGCCUUUUUGACUUGCUGCUAACAGAUUAGGAACAGGCAUUGUCGCAGCAUCAUCAGUCACUAUUAUUUAUCUAUUCAUAUAUUUUACUAAGUAUAUAUCUGUUGUUUUCUUAACUUAUAAAUAUAAAGAGUUUUAUUAACAGCUAAUAAUGAUUUAUCCAGAAUUGUACGAAUAUACCCUUUUUCCAAAUCAUGUAUGAAUCCUCCCAUUAAAACUCAAACGGAAAAUGAGAAAUUCAUCCAAAGAGAGAAGGAUACACAGUAGUAAUUUCCUGUUGUGCUUGUGGUUUUCCUCUCUUGCAACCAGAAUGCUGCUCCAGCGCUACUGCUAACGAAUAAUUCCUACAAAAUAUUUUGUAACCCUCUGUGAAUACGCAGCAAACUGGACUCCUUUGACUCAUUUCUUUUGUAUGUACAGUUAAACACUAAAAGCAAUAUGGUGUAAGGAUCCUGCAGAAGCCUCGUUUUAUAUUGUGUCAGUGUGUUUGCACAGUUCGUCAGAAGCUUGAGGAGACCCUGAGCCACCAGCGGGACUCCGCGGUGCAUCUUCUCUGAUGUGUUUGAUUGAGCUUGCCCGGACUGACUCAUCCCACGUAUGGAUGAGACCCUGGUGUUCCUGGCAGGCCAAAGAAAUGCAGAUGGUUCAAGUAUUGAUCUGGAAGUGUUUGUCUUUUUAUGUGCAUUGAGAGUGAAAGAACGUUGCCAUCGACAGUAAGUCCUGCUUUUACCCUUACAAAGCUGCCCCACUUUGUCUUUGCCUUGCUCCUUUGGUUGUUGUUUUUUUUUUUUUUUUUUUUUUUUUGCAUUCAGCAGAGUUUGAAAGGGUAGCAACCUGUCACGCUAAAUAAAAUGUGCGGUCAUUGUCCACAGUUUGCCUUGGUUAUUUCUUUGUUCCUCUUUAAUUAUUUUGAUUUUCUUUGGACAUAAACAGGUUUAUUAAUCAUAAAUAACCUAUUUGUUAAACAUCAGUUUUUUUACGUGUUGCAGUUUAAAAAAAAAAAAACAACCUCUGCACAUUUAAAUUUGAUGAUAGGGCAGAAAAUACAUGUCACAAACAGAGAUGUAUAAAAUAUUAAUGGAUGACGCAAAGACUUGGUGUGACCACAAGAUGCGAUUAAUUACAGCAGUGCUCUGACAGGGAGCUCUGGAUAUGUUUUGUUUACCAGAGCUCCCUGCUCAGAUAAACAGAGCUGGGAGAUUUGUAUUUCGCAGUACUACCUUUUUUUCUACCUUUACUAAUUUUUCUAACUGCAGACAUGGGAAAUUUUAGUCAUUUUCUUGAGGCUUUUUUUUUGUGACCUUUUAUCCGUGUGUCCUGUCAUCUUUCACAGUUUGAACAUUAGCCAUCUGUGUCACGUUACAUUAAUAUCCUAAUGAAACAGGAAAUCAUAGAUAACUUGGUAAAGGCUUCUGGACACUGAUCAAUUUGAAAAAGAAAUAAAGUAUAACAAACAAAACAACAACAGAAGCUACUUUUGUUUUGCAGGAAUAUUUGGGGUGCAAAUAACUGUCGCCUUCGGCUGUGUUUUUUAUUUGAUUUUUCUGCUGUUUUUGUUUUUUCAGAACUUUUUCUUUUGAUUGAAUAAAUGUACUAAAAACACAUUGUUAUAUAAAGUGUGAGAACAUUUCAAAACAUUUUGUUUUCAAGAGAUUUCCAGAUCUAUAGCUAGAGGGUGCUGUUUGGGUCUCAGAUAGAAACAAAAUGCCGAGUUUUCUUUGCUAAAUUAUUGAUGUGCAAGUUUGGUGCCUUUUGAUUCUUGAAAUACUUUUACCAGAUAAGAUGUCCCCAGAAAAUAAUCUGAUUAAAGUAAAAAAAAAAAAAAAAAUCAUCAAAGUUCCCCAGAGCCUUUAACAUACUCAGAAAGGUGGUUAUUUAUACCAUGUGACCUUCCACUGAAUGACAAGACAUCUCAGCCGAACAGCUGUUCUACGGUGAGCAGGCACCGACCUCUAUGCUUUCUAUUUAUGUCUCACUUCAGGAGUCACUAUUUUCUCCCUCGUGACGACACGCUGCUGCCGCUCGCUUCCCGUCUUCUUCGACUGCAUUUCCCUCCUCCUUCCCCAAACAACUCCCAUGGCUAGGUUCUAAUGGUUGACAUGCUUCUUGAUUCCCUUAUCGCUACUGUCUGUAUGAUCAUAUCCAACCUCAUACAUGCUUUGUGGAUAAUAAUAGACUCCGAGGAGGUCUUGGGAGGACAGAGUGACUUUCUGCAGGAUUGCAUGGAGGAAUUGAGCCCCAGGCAAAUGGCAGUCAAAGAGCUAAAGGAGAAGUUCCUGAAGGCCCUGCAGGAAAACAAUGCUGAGGAAGUCCUGCAGAUUUUGAACACUGGCAAGCUUGAUAUUGACACAGUGCUGGAGGUGGAAGAUCCCAGUAUGUUAUUGGCCUCUUAUAAACAGGGAUACUGGUUGCCAGGCUACAAGCUGGAGAAAUCCUGGGCGAUGGGUAUCCACGUGUGUGUGAUGUACAACGCCGUGGAAACAGCGCUGGUCCUCCUCCAGAAAGGUGCGGCCAUCAACAGUAUGCCCAAUGGGAAGUCGCCCCUGCAUGUGGCCUGCGAGGUCUCCAACAGCGACUGUGUGGCCCUGCUCUUGGCUUACGGGGCAAAGGUCAACAGCCUGUCUCUGAGCGGUCACACUCCUUUGCACUACUGCAUCACCAGGGAGUCUGUGGAGUGUGCCAGGCAGCUCAUCCUCAAAGGUGCAAAGGUCAACACAGCCAGCCACAACAACGAGGAGGACACACCUUUGCACACGGCUGCCAGAUUUGGGGUUCCAGAGCUGGUGGCGUUGCUUCUGACCCACAGGGCCUCCGUGAACACCCUCAACGCUCUCCAGGAGACCCCCUUAAUGACUGCAGCCUUUUGGGCUUUGGACUCCAAGGAGCAAGUCUACAGCCAAGAUCAUCAUUUCGUUUGUCGCCUUCUGCUGGACCACCAAGCGGACCCCAACCUGAAGGAAGGGGAUAAUAAAACAGCUCUCCACAUGGCAGCCUGGAACUGCGAUCACGUCCUGAUGCAGAUGCUGCUGGAGGCCGGAGCGGAUGUUCGAGCCAUGGACAUCAAUGGAUGUGCUCCCAUUCAAUACGUCCUCAAAGUGACAGGAGUCAGGCCUAUGGCCAUUCCUGAGGUCUGCUUUCAGCUUCUGCUGAACUAUAACGCAGCGCGGAUCUAUCCUCCGCAGUUCCACAAGGUACUGCAGUCCUGCUAUGACUACCCCCAAGUUGUAGAAAUUCUGGUGAACUCCUAUGAACAUUUAAAACCUACAAGAAAGUGGAGAGGAGCUAUUCCCGACGACUGCUAUGAGCGACAUAAAGGCUUCUAUGACUCGAUGUUUGCUGUUUGCACCAACACGCCACGCAGCCUGCUUCAUCUCACCAGAUGUGCCGUCAGAGCCAGUCUGAGAGGGUUUUGUCAGCAAGGAGUUGAUCAGUUACCUCUGCCAUCGACUAUGAAAAAAUAUUUAUUGUUAGAACCUGAGGGCAUACUUUACUGAUGAAGAGACUUUUUAUAAUAUUUAGCUAUGUUGCUGGGACAAUGGUUUUAGUGAAAGAAGGUUUAAAUCAGAUAAUGUUUCUGUCUGUAUUUAUAGAUGUAAUGACCAAUGAGGAAAUCAAUCCCCGUUCUUUAAUUCUUUCACCUCCCUGCUUUAAAGGGCCUGUUUUAGUUUUGCCUGUACUCAUUUUCAGUUAUUUCGUUUCCACACUUAUUUCUCAGCAAUGUUGACCAAUGUGGCUUCAGGCUGAAAGUGCUGCAACACGCUGAAGAGGAUCCAGCGCUACCUAGCAACUGGCUAGGCCCAAUGCUCGCUCUCAAACUCAUGAUAUUCUUAUUUCAGAACAACACUCUUGACUGAUCACUUCACAAUAAGUGUUUGUUUUUCCACCGGGCUGCAUGCAGCCAGGGACCCAGGCCUGUUUUUGUUCCCAGCUUUCUCACCAACAAAAAGCUCAUCUGUUCAACCUCCCUCUUCAAGACAUGUUCCAGUUACCUACAUCUAAAAUUGUUCCAUGUUAUACAUAUUUUAAUAUCAGAUAAAGAUAAGGCAAGUAAACACAAUGAUGAUUUUGUUGAUUAAAGAAAAAAAAAAACUAUUCAAAUCAGCUGGAUCCUAUGUAAAAAUAGAAUUUCUGGCUUUGGUUAAAUUACUAACUUUGAUUGACUGAACUUUGUUUAGUUUAAUUAACACCCAGGUCCGGUUACUGCUUUACCAGUAACAUCGAGAAACCACUUCCAUAGAUCCCGUCAGACAACAUGCAGAAAGCUAAACAAUCUCAACAAUUCUAUAUGACCAAGAGCCCACAGCACCAUGGAUCAUACUUAGCGUAAACAGGUACAAAACAAUUUUUUAUGUCUUAAAAGUUUGGUUUACAAUUAUCAAACAACAGAAAUACAGCUGAUUUUGUUUUUACAGUUUAGUUUCUGUAGGUUUGUUCUUACAUGGCCUGGGGAAGCAGAGCUGAAGCGCAUCAGAGAGGGAUGGGGAGAAGUUUGUGAGCUGUGUUUGUUUCAAACAAAAACAGUUUAACUCCAUAUUACAUUCCUCUAUAGCCUACUUAAAAAAAAAAACAUCAUUGGCCUUCACCCACUCUAGUCGACUCACCUCUGUGCAUGCAGCACAGAUAAAACAAGUUUGAACCAGUUUUAUCCUGCUAAAAAUCUGGUAUAUUUAGAUAAGUCACCCAAAAAAAUUCACUAUUCUAACCACCUAAUAUUUUAUCUUGCUUUUCCAAAGCUAAUCAGAGUAUUUAUAGACAUAAGUAUUUCUUGUUGCAUGGAUGAACCAGACGCUGCCUUACAUAAGUCGUUUAUCACCAACAAGGUUUAUACUGUUGAGGACCUUCUACCCGAUCAUAGGUCACGCCUGAUAGGCGAGUCUCUGACUUCUAUUUUAAACCUUAAUCCGGCGCUGAUGUGUUUGUGCAUCAAAGAACCAACACAGGCGGAAACUUUGACAACUUUGCAGAGUUGGAAGCGCAGCUCUUUUGGUUUUGCUAUCAGGACAGCCUGGGAGCAAACAUGUCUCAGCCUAUUAAGCAAAUACAUUACAGAGUCAAUACGAAAAUGUCAUGAACUCACAUGCUCUCUUCCUGUAUGUGAAUCAGCUGCAGCUUGUAAGUGUAGCACAAAUGUUAACGGUAUAAAAUUAUGUAACAUUAAAUUUGCGGAAAAGAACUUGGUCUCCAAGCUCAUAACGAAGCAGAGAUCCAAAAGAAAAGUCUCUUGUAGUUCUCUGUGUGUGUCAGAUCAGAGAACAUUGUCUGCAUGACUAAAGUGUCAGACUUAAAAUAAACCAAUGACUGCCAAGCCACAUACAGACACUCCUUCUACAACAUGAUAAGGGGAAAACUGAGUCAUUCGGUUGCAGACAGAAGCUUAGGAUAGAAAGAUUAUACAACAGUUUCAAUUAACGCUCAAAAGAAAAAAAAAAAAUUAGGUUUGAAUUUAUUAAUUUAUUGAAGAUUUUAAUGGCAAAUCUGACCCAUUCGCAGAGAAACAAUCAAGGCUAAAACAAUCUUCGUGUAAACGGUACUGGAAAACUGGUGUCACGUACAUUGAGGGUCAUUGGCUUGGAGAAAAUUGACACGUUCAAAAAAUGCUGCAAAUUGCGGCUACCCUCAUGGAUAAGCACAGAAAGGUUUCAUGGUCAGACGGGAUAAAGAACAAGUUAUACGUGGAGAAGCCACACACAGACACUCACACAAAGUUAUUUGUGGAGAAGUGUGUUUUGAGGUGUAAUAGUGUAGCAACUGUCAAGCAUGGUGGUGGGAGCAUCAUGGUGAGGGUUUGGGAUUUUUUGUUUGUUUUUGCUGCCAGAACUGAUGCAUUGUACAAAGCAGAAUUAUGAAGAAGAGGACUUCCUGUUAAAUUCUUCAGCAGUAUUGUAAUCCAAAAUGCACAUUUAGAAUCUGGAAUCGUCCUUACCUCAAGUCUGAAAAAAAUUAACCAGCUGUUGGUCGACGCGAUUGGGGCAUCUACUUCAUUUUUCUGGGUCCGUUCCACAAAC